AUGGACCUGAAGAUAGGUACCAGUGAUGCCAGAGAAGAGAAGGUUCCAGUGGAUCCGGCUGUGGUCCUGGUGCUCUGUUCUCUCUCCUGUCUGCUUCUCCUCUCACUCUGGAAACAGAGCUCUGGGAAGGGGCAGCUCCCGACUGGCCCCACUCCUCUCCCAGUUCUUGGAAAUAUCCUACAGUUAGAUGUUAAGGACAUCGGCAAAUCCUUAACCAAUGUAACUAAUGUGUAUGGCCCUGUGUUCACUGGGUAUUUUGGCUUGAAGCCCACCAUAGUGUUGCAUGGUUACAAAGCAGUGAAAGAAGCCCUGAUUGAUCUGUGAGAAGAGUUUUCUGGAAGAGGCAGUCUCCCUGUGUCUCAAAGAGUUAAUAAAGGACAUGGAAUCCUCUUUAGCAAUGGAAAGAGAUGGAAGGAGAUCUGGCGCAUCUCCCUCAUGACACUGGAAUUCGGGGUGGGGAAGAAGAGCAUUGAGGACCGAGUUCAAGAGGAAACCCACUGCCUUGUGGAGGAGUUGAGAAAAACCAGUGGGUCACCCUGUGACCCCACUUUCAUCCUGGGCUGUGCUCCCUGCAAUGUGAUCUGCUCCGUUAUUUUCCAGAAUCGUUUUGAUUAUACAGAUCAGAAUUUUCUUAACUUGCUAGGAAACUUUAAUGAAAACCUCAGGAUUAUGCGCUCCCCAUGGAUCCAGGUCUGCAAUAAUUUCCCUGCUCUCAUGGACUAUCUCCCAGGGAGUCAUAACAAAGUACUUAAAAUUUUUGCUUAUGUAAAAAGCUAUGUUUGAGAAAUAAAAGAACACCAAGCAUCUCUGGACAUUAACAAUCCUCGGGACUUCAUUGAUUGUUUCCCGAUCAAAAUGGAACAGGAAAAGCACAAUCAACAGAUGGAGUUUACUUUUGAAAACUUGAUAGCCACUGUAACUGAUUUGUUUGGAGCUGGGACAGAGAAAACGAACGCCACGCUGAGAUAUGGGCUUCUCCUCCUGCUAAAGUGCCGAGAGGUCACAGCUAAAGUCCAGAAAGAGAUUGACUGUGUGAUUGGCAGACACCAGAGUCCCUGCAUGCAGGACAGGAGCCACAUGCCCUACAUGGAUGCUGUGGUACAUGAGAUCCAGAGAUACAUUGACCUUAUCCCCACCAACCUGCCCCAUGCAGUGACCCGUGAUGUUAAAUUAAGAAACUGUUUCAUCCCCAGGGGCACGACUAUAGUAACAUUGCUGAGUUCUGUGCUACAUAAUGACAAAGAACUCCCCAACCCAGAGGUGUUUAACCCAGUCCACUUCCUGGAUGAGAGUGGCAACUUUAAGAAGAGUGACUACUUCAUGGCUUUCUCAGCAGUCAACAUAGGUUUUGGCUGGAGAAAUCAUCGGGAUGCUUUCAAAAUAGCUGUCCUGCUGGAGGACGGGCAGAAUUGAGAAGCCAGAGUACAAGGCAAUUAGAAGAGAUUUGGUGGACACAUGGGAACAAGGGAAAAGAACAUGGUAUCUAGAAGCGAAGCAGAAAUCCAAGAUGUCUUGUUUUAAGAGUAAUCGUGACAGAAGAAAUAAAAUCAGAUGAACAUGGUAGGCAAGAAGGACAAGAAAUAGGUCAAAUCUUAAAUUGCUCUUGGCAGGAAGUAACUCUAUCAAUGUAAACUAAAGGCUGGAGGAAAAGAGGAGUUCUUAGCCACAAGACACAACUUGCACUGAGGACAGUAAUGCUGACAUCCUGUUUCAUUUUGUCGGGAAACAAAUUAGCCUUGGAGGCCACGGAAAACAGCCAUAGUGGUCACUUGACACUCCCAGUAUCUGGCCUCCACCGGAAGGGAGGCACCCUGUACGUAAGAUCCACUCCUAAGAAGUAAUACUGUCGUUGAACAAGAAAAGCAUCGGACAUUUGGCACAGUAUCUGAGGAAAGGGACUGGAGAAAGU